CAUUUGAAAGGCUCUGCAGCAGAUAGGAACUGCUUCCCUCCCUCUUCUUGGCACACUUGCAGUCAAAGCUGAAUUCUGCUCUUCUGACAUCUCCUUCCAGCCUUCGAUUUCAACUCAUCGUCUUUAGCUGCCUUGGUCAUGGCUUGGCUGUUCUUGAUCCUUGCCUUUUUCACUGGACCUGGCCUUCUAGGUGCCUCUGCCAGCUUUAAUAGUACAUUUGUACUAGAAAUGCAUCACCUUCUAUGCAGCACAUGGCUUCGCAUGGCUUCUAUGCAGCAGAGUGCAGACUGGGUUUCUGACACCACUGGCCACCUCCCCGAGGAGUCUUUGGGCACUGCGCAAACUAUUCACAGAGAAUCUUCAUCCCACGUACGCCUGGUGGGAGGUCCACAUCGCUGUGAAGGGCGAGUGGAAGUGCAACGGAAUGGCGAAUGGGGCACCGUAUGUGAUGACGGCUGGGACAUGAACGACGUGGCUGUGGUGUGUCGGGAGCUGGGCUGUGGAGCAGCCAUAUGGACACCCAGUGGUGUUAUAUAUAAGCCAUUGGCAGAUGAAGACCAAAAAGUCCUUAUCCAAGACGUCAACUGCACUGGGGUGGAAGAAAAUCUAAUUCAAUGUGAACAAGAUGAAGACGUUUUUAGUUGCUCCCACAAUGAGGAUGCAGGAGCGAAGUGUGAAUAACAUAAUCCUGACCUUCUUGGUGCUUGACCUGCAGGUCCAGAGUGACCUUUACUUUCUCAUGGGGCCCUGACUGGCCCAGCAUGAGCACUGGGCCUGCAGGCUUUACCUGCUGCUCCCUCAGCCCCUCAACAGGAGUCUGAACACUCUGCCACACCUGGCUCUCAGAGCCAAGUAGCCCCAUCGCUGCCUGGAGAUGUGAGUUGUUGAAGUGUUUCUUGCUGGAGAAGAUGCACUCCCAGUCACCCUCUCCUCACUGCUGACCCUUUGACAUUGGUUCUCUCCUCUCCUGCUUCUUCUCAGCCAGCCUGGGAUCCCCAAGCCUGUUCCUUUAACCAUGACAGUCCAUUUCUAAGACAAGAUCUAUGUCUGUAAAGAACGUGAAAGGAAUGCGACAAGAAAAGGAAUAUUGGAAAGGAAAUGUGGGUAAACAAUUAUCUAUGGAAGUGGCAGGAAAGCUUAGAGUCUUUUUGAACUCUUUUUCUCAAGCUUCAGGUGUUCAUCACCAUAACACCUCACUAUUCUCUUAUUCGUUGAUGACAGUAGACCAUUUUUCAAGAGCAGAGCAGGAUUUGUGAUCCUAGAGAUUUUCAUGACACUUGAGAAGAGAUUUCACAUCCCCUGAAUGCCCAUAGUAAAACAUUUUUGUUGACCAUCUGCAUACAACUUGCUAAUGUGCUGUGCAUUUAACAAGAAGAAUCUCACAAAUGAAUUAUCUUAGGAAAAAUAUAUUGGCAUAGAGCUGCCACUGGGAGAAGGGAAAGGAAGGGAUGCAAAAAGAGUUUGGGGAGGUCCAGAGUUGUGUCUCAUGCAAAUCAGAUGAUAUCAUUUUAUUUUUAUCAACUCAGACUUUGAAGUCUGCAAGUCUGAGGCAAGACAGAGCAGCACUGAGCUGAGUAUCAUGACUUAAUCCUAAAAAUGGACAACUUUAGACUCAGACUAACUUGAGUGGCUGCAACAAGCCUACAUUUAUGCUUUCUAAUAAAGUACAUCUUGAAGUCUCAA